CAGUUCAUGGUGAGAAAUUCACAUUCUAAUAUGUGCUCUCUUUGCUUCAGUUUUAGCUGAUGGGAUUUGGGAAUAGAGGAAUCGUUGCUGACAAAUGGUCAGGAAGGCUUUUAUGGGUCUGUGCAAUUGGAAGUGCUAUUGGUUUCUAUAUGGUUGCUGUGGAAAGACAAACUCAGAAUAGAGCAAAAAUGAUGGCUGAAGCACUGGCGGAUGCAGGAUCAAGUAUAGAUGCCAGUGAGAAAAGUUGAAUAUUAUGGGACUUAUAAUGCUAAUACAUUUCCAUUAGACGUCUUUUCUUAUCGUUUGGCAGGAAACUAUUCUGUUGUAAUAAGUACUCGCGAUCCUCAUAAACGAAAAGACAUUGCUGAACAAGAGUUAUCUAUACGAUCAAUCAUCACAAUGAUAACUACGUGUAAUCGUUCAAAAAAUGGUCUGAAAAGUAAGACAAGUUAUCUGUUGCGACAUAUUAAAGUACAUUGAUGGUGUAUAAUCCUCCAAACUGUCGAUGUAUACAAGUUAAACUCUUUAACUAUUUGACGAGG